GCGAUGAGGGUGCUGGAGAGUGGAGACUCGAGUAAGCAAACAUGGAGGAAGGAGAGGUACUGUGCGAGGCGGCGAGGUCCGGGGACUCCGCCAAGAUUAGAACUCUGAUCGAUGCCGGCACUGACGUUUCGUACUUCGAUGGUGAAGGUCUGACUCCACUAAUGCACGCGGCCAAGCACGGACACGCCGAUGUAGUGAAGAGUCUGCUCGCAGCCGGCGCUCCUUGGAACGCCCUCUCUCCCUCUAACCUCUCAGCUGGAGACUUCGCCAUUGAUAACGGUCAUCAGGACGCCUUCGACGUCCUUCUAAAUGCAGGAAUACAAGCUGAGUUGGUGCUGGGAACAAUUGCAAGGGCAACUAAUAAAAAUGGAAACUCUAAUGGGGAUUACUUAGAUGAAAGGGUUACAUUUAGUGAGGAUAGGCUUACGGAUGGCAAUAGCAAAGCAGUCAUGAUGGCUUGGGAGAAACCAUUGAUGGAAGCUCAUGCAAAAGCCAUUUGCUCCACAGGUGGGCACAUCCUGAAUAUUGGCUUCGGAAUGGGACUUGUAGAUAUGGCUAUUCAACAUUAUGGACCAACUACACAUACUAUUGUUGAGGCUCACCCAGAUGUUUAUGAUCGUAUGCUUCGUACUGGAUGGGCUGAGAAGGACAAUGUAAAGAUAAUAUUUGGUCGCUGGCAAGAUGUUCUUCCUCAGCUGGAAUCUUAUGAUGGGAUAUUCUUUGACACAUAUGGGGAAUACUAUGAAGACAUGAGGGAGUUUCACCAACAUCUACCUGCGUUAUUAAAGCCUGGAGGAAUCUACUCAUUCUUUAAUGGCCUAUGUGGUGGUAAUGCUUUCUUUCAUGUUGUUUACUGUCAGUUGGUUUCCCUAGAACUUUGUAAUUUGGGUUACUCCACACAAUUUAUUCCCUUGCCUGUCAAGGAUUGCUUAGGAGAGGAAGUCUGGGAGGGUGUAAGGCACAAAUAUUGGCAGCUAGAUACAUACUACCUCCCUGUUUGUCAGGCUUCUCUGGAUUCUGACUGAUGUUUUAACUUGAUUGAGAACUUGUUUCCUUGUGUUAUAUUUUCGAAGCUUUAAUUGGCUUUCCUGGAAUCAAAUACUUGUUAUGUAUUCCA